AUGCCGCGCCUUGCCGACACCCUCCGCACUGCCAACCUGCUCAACGCCACCCUUCGUAACACAACUCCUCCCCAUACCACUCCACCUUCUCCAGCACCGGCGCCCCCACCACCGCCGCCGCCAUCAUGGCCUCCCCCACCACCGCCUUCCACAGCCACCGCCUUCCACAGCACCGUCUUCCACAGCACGCCUUCCACAGCGGUCUUCCACAGCACCGCCUUCCACAGCACCGCCUCCCCAGCACCGCCUUCCGCAGCACCGCCGCCCCAUCAUCGCCACCUCGCCACCGUCCUCCUCGCCACCGUUCUCUUCGCCACCGCCCUCCUCGCCACCGCCCUCCUCGCCACCGCCCUCCUUCAUCAUCGCGUUCUCACUCCCCGAGAAAGCCCGCCGAGUAGUUGUUCACUAAUAACGCGCUCCAGCACUGCCGCUCCAGUGUCGCUUGCAUGGCACCGUUCUCAGGUUGCUCCCUUUCCUGCUGCAGCCGGUCCUCAUCCACUGGCGGCGAGAUACCACAGUCCUUUCCCAAGCGACCCUGCCUCAACAUCACCACCUCUUACGGGCCAUUUCUAA